ACUCCCAAUAGUCUGAGUCCAAAGCUAGUAACACCCUCCCUACAAAGUCCUCCUACAAGGGGUCGGGUGAGAGACUGAGGAGGUCCAACACACAUCAAGUGACGGAGAGGAAAGCACCAUGGCAACUGCUGCAAAUCAGAAGGUGGAGUUUGUGAGAACAGGCUAUGGCAAGAACUCAGUGAAGCUGCUGUUCGUCAGGAGACAAGGAGCCCACCACUACAUCAUCGAGUUGAAGGCCGAUGUGGAGAUCACACUCAACUCACGCAAGGACUAUCUGACAGGUGACAACUCAGACAUCAUCCCCACCGACACCAUCAAGAACACCGUCCACGCACUCGCCAAACUCAAAGGGGUAAAAACCAUUGAGCAGUUUUCCCUGGACAUCUGCCACCAUUUCCUGACCUCUUUUAACCAUGUACUGAGAGCCAAAGUUUACGUGGAGGAGGUUCCAUGGAGAAGGUUGGAGAAGAAUGGGGUUGAGCACCCUCAUGCAUUUAUCUACAGCCCAGAAGCUCAUCGUUUCUGUGAUGUAGAACAAAACCUCAGUGGCGCCCCGGUGCUUCACAGUGGGGUCAAGAAUAUGAAGGUGCUGAAAACGACCCAGUCUGGUUUUGAAGGUUUCUUGCGAGAUCGCUUCACCACACUUCAAGAGACCAAGGACAGGUUUUUCUGCACAUCUGUGUAUACCAGGUGGCGCUACAACAAGACUCAUGGUGUUGACUUUGAUGCUGCAUGGGCGUGUGUGAAGGACACAAUUAUCGAGAGGUUUGCUGGCACUUUUAAUGGAGGAGAGUACUCACCAUCUGUCCAGAAGACCCUCUAUGAAACACAGGUUCUGGUUCUGGAGAGAAUUCCCGAGGUGGAUGAAAUUGAGAUUGUAAUGCCCAACCAGCAUUACUUCACCAUAGACAUGACCAAAAUGGGUAUUGUCAACAAAGAUGAGGUGCUUUUACCUCUGGAUAACCCUGCUGGCAACAUCACUGGGACAGUGCGCCGUAAGCAGUUGGCUCGACUUUAAAAGUGCCGUCACAGCUUGAAGACAGAGCUGCAUUGAUAGUAUUGUUAUACUAUAAGAAAGUGUUUGUACAAAUAUAAAACUGGUGAUUCAUAUAACUGAAGUCAACAUGAUGCCACAUAGAAAAUUAAUAGAAGCUCAAACAUCAGACUCAACAUAAAUGACUACUACUGACUGUGUGAUAUGAUUGUGUAUCAUUUAAGAUAAAAUAAAAUAGCUAUAAAUGACAUCGUGUUCGGUGAGAAAAGAGCACCAUUUAUUGCAAAUUCAGAAAUCCAAAUUUCAGUGUUAUGUUGCACAUAAACAUUGGUCCUACACACGUCAGUACAGCUGUCUAUGCGACAAAGCUGAAAGCACCACAAGUAGAGACAUAAUAAGAAUAUAUACACAUAAAUAUUUUCAUUUUAAGAACGACAAGCUUAAAUAAUGCAGGUGAGGAGAGACAAAGAGGCUUAUGGCUAGGUCCUGGGGUCUAGGAAAACAAAAAUGCACCAUUGAUACAUGCGCAGGAUAAUUUAUGGACUCAGAUGUGCAGGUUAUGACAUAAAAAUUCUAUUUUGGGGACAAAACUUGUUAUAUCAGAAUAUUUUUAUGCAUUUAUCAAAGUGUUUAGGUAUGACAGAACAUACAGUUUUCAACUAUAUAUCAUCUUAUAUACAAAUACUUUUCUUUUAAAAUCAUCAGGAUUAUUCACUUUGCACACACACACACACACACACACACAGACACACACAC